UGGAUGGAAAAAGUUACCAAUGUUUAGUCGAGAAUCAUGGGCUGGAAAUCAAUGAGAGGCCGCAGAAGCAUCCGUCACUGGAUUUUGAGAACCUGUCAAUGUCUGAUUCAGCUGCAAAGGCAGAAGAAUCGAAGACCAAGAAGGUUUUUGUACAGCAUGUAGAGACAGUAAGCAGCUUUGACACCACUGUUGAUGUUGUGAAAUCAUUUGUGCGGAAACAAGAUCAGAUAAUGUCUAAAGCCAGACAGACACAGGAGGUUGUCGCAAAAAAUGCACGUUUUGAACAAAGAUGGAGGAGCAGAAAGGGAGACAAAGGAACAUCACAUGAGAAAUUACAUGAAAUGUGUCAUUUCUUUGAUGUUAUUCUUGUUGACGUCGAGGAAAGAUCUAAUGAGUUGCGACAGGAGGAUGAGAUAUCUUUGGAGGGCCAGAGGAUGUUGAAUAGUUACUUACCUCUACUGAGAGAGUUCAUUCCAAGUGCUACUUCGGAGAUUGAAUCAGAUUUAUCUGCUAACAGCACCAAACAAGGUUGAAUUUAAC